AUGGGACUCGAUCAAAACGAUCUAGAAAUGACGAACGAUGAGCAUUUCGUUGACAAGCAAAAGCUUACAGCUCCUAUAAAGUCUACAGCAGAUAAAUUCCAGCUCGUUCCCGAGUUCUUGAAGGUGAGAGGACUUGUGAAGCAACACCUGGAUUCAUUCAAUUACUUCGUCAAUGUUGGGAUUAGAAAGAUCAUUCGUGCAAAUUCUCGUAUACAAUCCACUCUCGACCCAAAGAUUUACCUAAGGUUUUUGGAUAUCAGAAUUGGUGAACCCUCGGUUUUAACCGUUAGUGGGGCGGAUAAAAUCAAUCCACACAUGUGCCGAUUAGGAGACACGACAUAUGCUGCUCCAAUAUAUGUUAAUAUAGAGUAUGCUCAUGGAAGUAAUGGACAAGUAUCACACAGUUUCAAGAAGGACGUAAUUAUCGGAAGGAUGCCUAUUAUGCUGCGGAGUUGCCUCUGUGUAUUACAUGGAAAAGAUGAAGAGGAACUUGCAAGAUUAGGUGAGUGCCCACUUGAUCCUGGAGGAUAUUUUGUCAUCAAAGGAACUGAGAAGGUGUUAUUGAUACAAGAACAACUUUCAAAGAACAGAAUUAUCAUCGAUUCUGAUAAAAAAGGGAACGUAAAUGCAUCUGUCACAAGCAGCACUGAAAUGACGAAAAGCAAAACAGUUAUUCAGAUGGAGAAGGAGAAGAUAUAUUUAUUUCUUCAUCAGUUUGUAAAAAAGAUUCCAAUUAUAAUUGUCCUAAAAGCUAUGGGAAUGGAGAGCGACCAAGAGAUCGUUCAAAUGGUUGGAAGGGAUCCCCGUUUUAGCGCAUCACUGUUACCUUCUAUCGAGGAGUGUAUUAGUGAAGGUGUGCAUACACGACAACAAGCACUGGACUAUCUCGAGGCAAAGGCGAAAAAACAAUCAUACACUACUCCAUCUGAAAAGGACGGAAGAGCUCUAUACAUUCUCAGAGAGUUAUUCCUUGCACACGUGCCUGUACGUGACAACAAUUUUCGUCAAAAAUGUUUCUAUGUCGGGGUGAUGUUGAGACGAAUGAUUGAAGCAAUGUUAAACAAAGAUGCCAUGGAUGACAAGGAUUAUGUUGGUAACAAGAGAUUGGAGUUAUCUGGGCAACUAAUAUCUCUUCUCUUUGAGGAUUUGUUCAAAACGAUGAUCACUGAAGCCGUUAAAAAAGUGGAUAUGAUUCUUCAAAAAACUAGCCGCUCAAGCCGAUUUGAUUUCUCACAAUCUCUUGCUGGAGACAAGCAUCAUAGUAUUACUUAUGGAUUAGAAAGAACCCUUUCAACGGGAAAUUUCGAUAUUAAAAGGUUCAAAAUGCAUAGGAAAGGCAUGACACAGGUCUUAACAAGGUUAUCUUUUAUUGGGAGUAUGGGGUUUAUUACGAAAAUUUCGCCACAGUUUGAAAAGUCCAGGAAAGUAAGUGGGCCUAGAUCUUUGCAACCUAGCCAGUGGGGUAUGCUCUGCCCAUGCGAUACCCCAGAAGGCGAAGCUUGUGGGCUUGUCAAGAACUUGGCUUUAAUGACUCAUGUCACAACAGAUGAAGAGGAAGGCCCAUUGGUUGCUAUGUGCUACAAAUUGGGUGUCACAGAUCUGGAAGUAUUAUCCGCAGAGGAGCUGCAUAGUCCAGACUCAUUUUUGGUCGUAUUCAAUGGGCUAAUACUUGGCAAACAUAGAAGGCCACAGUACUUCGCCAAUUCACUUAGAAGGCUACGUAGAGCUGGGAAAAUUGGCGAGUUCGUUAGUGUGUUCAUAAACGAAAAGCAGCAUUGUGUUUACGUUGCUUCUGAUGGUGGGCGGGUGUGUCGACCACUUGUUAUAGCAGAUAAAGGAGUAUCAAGAGUUAAACAGCACCACAUGAAGGAAUUACAGGAUGGGGUUCGCACUUUUGAUGACUUUAUUCGUGAUGGCUUGAUCGAGUAUCUUGAUGUCAAUGAGGAAAAUAAUGCAUUGAUUGCUUUAUACGAAAGAGACGUUGCUAUGGAAAUGGCAGAAGCAGCAAAAACGAUAGAAGAUGCAGAAGCAGUAGAAAAAAAAGCAGCAAAAGCAGUAGAAGCGGCAAAAGCAGCAGAAGCGGCAGAGGCAACAAAAACGGUAAAAGCUGCAGAAGCAGUAAUAGAAAAAGCAGCAGAAGCAGCAGAGGCGGCAAAAGUAGCAGACGCCGUAAAAGCAGCAGAAGCGGCAAAAGCAGCAGAAGCAGAUAAAAUAAUGGCAGAGACAACCCACAUUGAGAUUGAACCUUUCACCAUCUUAGGUGUUGUUGCUGGUCUUAUCCCCUACCCUCACCAUAAUCAGUCACCUAGAAAUACUUAUCAGUGUGCUAUGGGAAAACAAGCUAUGGGAAAUAUUGCUUACAACCAGUUAAACCGGAUGGACACAUUGCUUUACCUAUUGGUGUAUCCUCAGCGACCCCUUUUGACAACAAGGACAAUUGAAUUGGUUGGAUACGACAAACUUGGAGCAGGUCAAAAUGCUACAGUUGCUGUGAUGAGUAAUACUGGAUACGACAUUGAGGAUGCAAUAGUGAUGAACAAAUCUUCCUUGGAUCGUGGUUUUGGCCGCUGCAUCGUUAUGAAAAAACUUGUUGCUACGUGCCAAAAGUAUGUGAAUGAUACAGUAGACAGAAUACUCAGGCCACAAAGAACAGGCCCAGAUGCAGAAAAGAUGCAGGUACUGGAUGAUGAUGGAAUUGCUUCUCCAGGGGAAAUUAUUAGACCGAAUGAUGUCUAUAUAAAUAAACAGAUCCCUGUGGACACAAGAGAAAACAUUAAAGGCCCCCUAUCUGAUAGUCAGUAUCGUCCGGCCAGAGAGUAUUUCAAAGGUCCUGAAGGGGAAACACAAGUGGUCGACAGAGUUGCUAUCUGUACUGAUAGGAACGGUCACUUAUGCAUCAAAUAUAUUAUCCGACAUACUCGUCGACCAGAGCUUGGCGACAAGUUCAGCAGUAGGCAUGGGCAGAAAGGUGUAUGUGGUACAAUCGUUCAGCAGGAAGAUUUUCCAUUUUCCGAGCUUGGAAUUUGCCCUGAUUUGAUCAUGAAUCCUCAUGGUUUUCCAAGUCGUAUGACAGUAGGUAAGAUGAUAGAACUCCUUGGAAGUAAGGCUGGAGUUAAUUGUGGUAGAUUUCACUAUGGUAGUGCUUUUGGAGAAAGAAGUGGUCAUGCUGACAAAGUUGAGACUAUAAGCGCCACCCUUGUGCAGAAGGGGUUUUCCUACAGUGGGAAGGACGUGUUAUACUCAGGUCUCAGUGGCGAGCCAUUACAAGCAUACAUCUUUAUGGGGCCAAUAUAUUACCAGAAACUGAAACACAUGGUCCUGGACAAAAUGCAUGCGCGAGGGAGUGGACCUCGUGUCAUGAUGACAAGACAGCCUACUGAAGGGAAAUCUAAAAAUGGAGGUUUACGAGUGGGAGAAAUGGAACGAGAUUGUCUGAUUGCAUACGGAGCCAGCAAUUUGAUCUAUGAGCGACUCAUGGUUUCUAGUGAUCCUUUUGAAGUUCAGGUUUGCAGAGCUUGCGGUUUAUUGGGAUAUUACAACUACAAGCAGAAGAAGGCAGUUUGUUCAACUUGUAAAGAUGGCAGUAACAUUGCUACUAUGAAACUCCCAUACGCAUGCAAGCUCCUCUUCCAGGAACUCCAGUCGAUGAAUGUUGUUCCUCGUCUCAAACUGGAAGAGGCUUCUUGA